AUCAUAGCAUAAAAUAAUUCAUCUCUCUCCACUCUCUCUCUUAUAGCAGACGCGCAGGCCACCAAACUCAACAGAAGCUACACCAGCAGAAGGCCAGAUUCUCCAGUUACACAGAGAUAAAUCUGAAGGAAUAUACUUAUACAGAAACAGUUACUCACAUAGAGUUAGGUAUAUAUACACAGAGAUUAGAGAGAGAGAGGAAAGGAGACCUGCGUGCGAGUGUAUCUGAAGGCGUGAAGAAGCUGAUACAAUCACGACGAUAUCAGCAUUCCUUCUAAUAUGUAAUAUUCAGGCGCAUAAUGCCAAUUAGCUGCAGAGCUAACUGCUCAAGAAUCGGGAUCGGUUAAUCCAGCUAGCUCCGCAUUGAGUCUCACUGUAUCGCGAUCCGAAUAUUUGAAGUCUAAUUGGAAUGAGUUGAAGCUGGUUUCGAGUUCGGAUUGGAGGAUAUUUUAUCGAGGAUUUGAUAAUCGAGUGAAGACAGAGGAGCGGCGGAGCAAUGGAUGAAAGAGGAGGAGAAGGAGGAUCGUUUGUGGCGGUGCGGCGAAUUUCCCAAGGACUCGAUCGAGGAAGUGCCUGUCAUUCUACAGGAUCUGCUGCGUGGCUAGGGAGAGGCCUUUCAUGUGUCUGUGCUCAAAGAAGAGAUUUUGAAGAUCAGCCAUCGUUUGAGUUGACGCCUGCACAGGAAGAAUGUCUACACAGGCUACAGAACCGCAUUGAUAUUGGUUAUGAUAGUUCUAUUCCUGAGCACCAGGAAGCUCUAAAGGCAUUGUGGCAUGCUGCCUUUCCCGGGGAGCAACUAUACGGUUUAAUAUCAGAACAGUGGAAAGAAAUGGGUUGGCAGGGUAAAGAUCCAUCAACAGAUUUUAGGGGUGGUGGUUUCAUAUCAUUGGAAAAUUUGUUAUACUUUGGAAGGAACUUUCCGAAAUCUUUUCAGGAUCUUCUUCAGAAGAAAGAGGGUGACCGGGCAAUGUGGGAAUACCCCUUUGCCGUAGCAGGUGUCAACAUCACAUUCAUGCUUAUUCAGAUGCUUGACUUUGAAGCAGUAAAGCCCAGAACACUUGUGGGAGCAACCUUCUUGAAGUUGCUUACAGAGAACGAAUCAGCUUUCGACCUUCUGUAUUGUAUAACGUUCAAGCUAAUGGAUCAUAUAUGGCUUGACAUGCAUGCUUCUUACAUGGAUUUCAAUACUGUGAUGAAAGCUACUCGCCAUCAGCUGGAGAGGGAGCUUCUCCAGGAAGACAUUGUACGCCUUGAGGACCUGCCCUCUUAUAGCCUUCUUAGUCGGUAACAAAGUGCCCAACUCCCACGUUUGUUUGAAGGUACGAGCUGAUAUGUCCAACACCAGAAAAUGCUAUGUUGCUGGAUAAAAUCCCAGUUUUGGUGCUUCCGACUAAAUAGAUAGUUUUGCUGAUCAAAUUGGAGUGGUGGCGCACCGGUACCAGAAUUUAUAUGUUUGAUGUGUUUGCUUUCUUACCUUUUCACUGGCUUUUCGUUUCUUAGGGAAUGGGGACAAUGAUCCUAGCAAGUGAUGCUAAAGCAUAUGCUUAUUAAUGCUCUUCAUUGUUGUGAGCUUUUCAUAGCAAAUUUACAAGCAUUACAUUCUCUGUUAAUCACUUAAUCUAUAUGUGAAUCCAUCUUUAUGACA